AUGGCCUGGAACGGGUCCUUCGCGACGUUCCUAAUCGUCUGUCCAACAUGCUUCUUCCUCGGCAUCAUCUUCUCCCUCUUCCCCUACGACUACCCAAUCCUCUGGUCGACCGCGCCCACCCCCGCCGCGCACUACGACUACCUCGAAGCCCACCUCCGCUUCCUCCACGCCUCCCCGCCGCUCAUCCCCCGCAUCCUGCACAUCGUGAUCUUCCUCGGCCUCGCCGGCCUCGUCAGCAAGCUCUACAAACCCUCCGAGUCCAACAUGCUCUUCGACGGCGCCUCGCUCGUGCUCUACAUGUGCGGCGUCACCGUCUACAUCGCCAACAUCGUCAAGGGCCUGCGCCUCGCCUCCGCCGGCGUCUACGGCGAGGACCUCGCCUCCGCCGACGAGGAUAAGGGCCAGAUCCUCGGCCGCGAGGACUCGCUCAAGGUCCUCUCCGCUAGUAAUACCAUCCUGGCCCUCGUGCUGGUCGGCGUCUUGGUCCUGCAGGCCGGCCAGUGGUAUGCCGAUCGGAAGGAUGCCCAGGAAGUCGAGUCGUUGGCUGGGAAGGACGCUGCUGCCCGGGUUGUGGUGUCCGGGGCGGGUAAGGAGGCCGCUGUGGCUGCGGCUGGGGGUGCGGGUGCGGGUGCGGGUGCGACUGGGGCUGCAACUGGGAAGCCUGGGAGACAGGGGAGUUUGAAGAAGAAGAGUAAUUAG